ACUUCUAUUAUAAUUAUCAAAUCAUCCAUCAAACGUGCAAAAAAGCCAACGCUAUAUCCCAAAUUUCCAAAGGGAUAAAAGCACAAAAGGCUUCUAUUCUACAACAUUUGGACAAGAGUGUGGUAUUAAACCAAGAAUUACUCAACUACACACCAAUUCUUUGAGUAGAUUAAUAUCAAACCGGCAUUUGUAUUAGAGUAUAGAGAAGAAACAAUGGACGAUGACUUAUUGCUAAAGCAGCCAAAUGACCGACGUUUAGGGGAAAAUGUGUCUCUACCGCCUGGUCCUCCUGGUGCGGAGUUUGAUGUGCCUGAAUUUGAAACGAAAAAUGCUCCACCCAAACCACCACCCCUUAAAGAAGAAAGCACUACUGCUGAAAAAUCAAGCAGACGCCGGUCGCCUUCUGGCAGUCCACCACGAAAACGUAGAUCUGUUUCACGUGGUCGACGUUCACCAUCGUCUCCACCACACAGCCGCAGUAGAAACCGUCGUUCACCAUCUCCACGACGUAAUCGUUUUAGGGAUUAUUCGCCAGAUAGACGUCGCUAUAAUCGUCGUUCACCGGAUCGUCGUCGUUAUAACAAUAGGGGUGGAAAGGGACGUGAUCGCUAUAGAGGACGGGGCAGAAGUUCCAGUCGUUCGAUAAGUCGUAGCCCCACACCACCUAGAAGGGGGGGUGGAAGUCGUUGGUCGCCCAAAAAGAAGCCAAGCUCGCCGUCUCAUCCACCCCCACUAACUGCAACAGCUCCACCACCUCCACCCUAUGGAGUAAUGCCACCACAAAUGUAUGGCGAUGGCUAUGGAACAUCAGCAAGCUAUAACCAAUAUGGAGUACCACCACCACAAGCAGGUUUUGUACAACCCAGUGAUACAUAUGCUGGCAUGCAGCCUCAAACAUCAGCAUUCAAUGCGGCUUAUCCGCCACCGGGAUCAUGGGGUGUAGACGCUUAUGGCCAACAACAAUGGAUGCCACCACCACCAACACAAAUACGACAAUUACCGCCACCCCAACAGCAACAACAACAACAACAACAACAGCCAGCUCCCCAAACGCAACCGCCACCGCAGACGCAACCUCCAGCCGUCACCUCACCAGCUGUGGCUCCACCCAUUGCAAAAGAACCGAUUGUGGUUGCAAAUGCAAGUGUGCCACCACCACCGACCUUGUCAAAAUCGCUUCAUGUAUUACCAGACGCUGCACCCGGCACUGUGGAUCCCAAUCCUCAACAUGAUGCUGUUGCCCAGGAAGCCGAAAAUCAGCGUGAUGAGCUUAAAAAGCAACGCACCAGCUACUUGAAAAAGACCGCAGUUUUGAAAAAGGAAUUGAAAAUGUUGAAGGAGCAACGCAAAGAUUUGCAUUCGGGCAAGGCUCCUGCAUCGCCCACCACCAAGGGAUUCAUCGAUGAAAAUGAAAAAUUGCAGAAUCAAAUCCAAAAGAAACUAAGCACCAUUGAGAAUGUUAUUGAUAUGCUAACUGGCAUAAUAGGUGAUGAGAAUAUCGACAAGGACGAUGAGCCCGCGGAUGAAGGAGAUGCUGACCAGCUCUUGAAGGAUGCUGCUGCCUCGGCCAAAGCAUCCUCAAUAGUAACGGCUACCACACAAAAGCUAUCGGAAAAAAAGGAACGAGCUACGGAGAAGAAGAAGCAAAGCUCUUCCUCAUCAUCAGAAAGUUCAUCCGAUUCAUCAUCUUCUUCGUCAGACUCCUCAUCAUCGUCGGAUGAAGAUGAUGCCCAUCGCAAAAAAGCUGAGGAAGACGAUGAUAGUUCUCCAGAACGCUUAAAAAAGAAAGUUAUUGAAUCGAUGAAAAACAAGGAAAAAGAAAUUGUUCGCAAAGCAGAAGUCAAAGUGCCCUCGAAAAAGGAACGUUUCAAUUAUGUGUUCUAUGAUCCAGAAAUGCAUUGGUGUCAAACUUGUAAUAUUUUCCCAAAAACGGCAAAAGAUUAUCUCAAUCACUUGCACUCGAAAGAGCAUAUGGAACGCGAAGCCAUAGAGACCCCUUGGCACACAGAUAUGAUAACCGAUCAAUUUCCCACUUAUGAGAAUGCCCCAACGAAGAGAACACCCAUAAGGGGUCUAACCUUCUUUGUGCCAGCUACCUCUUGGUUUUGCAAACUCUGCAGUAUUUGGAUGGGGGAUUUGCAUUGCGCCUCGACGCAUCUAAAGUCUCAAUUGCAUGCCAGUAAAUACAAUACAUUUUUGGAAGAAAAUCCCCAUUAUGAAGUCAAUUGGCUGGCCGAUCGGCAGAAAGUUUUGAAUGAACAAAAGCAUAAUCCAUUGCCUCAGCAAAUUACUUCGGUAUCCACAACAGCUGCUGAACGUAAGAAAUCUAAGAAGGAUGAUGAAAAGGCCAAGAAGCGCAAAAAGAAAAGUGACAAAAAGCAGAAGAAAAAGAAAAAGAAGUCUAACAAAAAACGCAAGAAGGGCGAUUCUGAUUCUAGUGAUUCUUCAUCCAGUGACUCAACAUCUUCUUCGGACUCGGAAGAACCUAAGAAAAAGAAAUUGCCUCCCAUUGAAAUUAAAGAUUUAGACAAUCCCAAUCCUGCCGGUGUUUCCAUACGCCUUUCAAUGCGCAAACAAGAGGCUAUUAAGCCAGAUAUUGCUGAAGUACCCCGCGGAGCGCAACCGGUGAAAGCGUCGCUCAAAGAGGCACCUUUAGCUCCCAUGGGCGGCAAAUGGACUGUGGUGCAAGAGGGUGUCAAACUUAACUCCAAAAAUGAAGAUCAGGAGGAUGAUGGCAUCAUACAAGAAUGGAACACUGUACAACCUGUUAUUAGCGAAAGUGAAAAGAAGUUAUUAGAACAGCUAAAGGGCAAACUUAAAAAUAAGACAGGCACUGAACAAAUACCAGCCAAGGCCGGCAACAGUGCUAACAAUACAACGGCUCUUAAUGCAGCUCGCACUGAAGUGGAGAAAGAGAAUCGCAGUAGGGAUCGUUUCGAUCGUCGCGAUAAUCGUAAUUCCAGAGAUAAUCGGGAUCGACGUACCGCCAGACGUUCCAUGUCCCGAAGUCCCACUCGUAGUCGAAGCCGAGGUAGGGACUACCGCCGACAUAUGCGUCGUUCCAGAUCGCAUAGCAGAGGUCGUGGUGGCUGGCGUGGCAGAAGACGCAAUGAUCGCUCCCGCUCUCGUUCUGUGAGAAGACGUUCUCGCUCCUAUGAUAGGCGUAGACGCACCAGAUCACGUACACGUUCUCCCAGUCGGGGUCGUGUUGAGAAACCCGUAGUGCGACAGCCAGAAUUUAGGCCAAGAGUGCCGGAAAAAGAUAAAGAAAAGGAAAAGAAGGCUGCUGAAAGUAAAGAGAAGAAAGAAAAACAAAAAACCAAACCACCAGCCGCAGUAUCAACAAACAGCAAAGUGAAAUUGCCAUUUAUAGGAAAAAUGCCUGUAUUCAAAAAACAGGCAAGUGGACAACAGAGUGAGACUGAUAAGCGACCUGACGAACAGCAAUUAGCCGGAGCAGGUUACAUGUAUUCCAUGGAUGCCAAAUCUUACACGGCUAUGACUAGGCCUCCUGCACCCACAGCGGCGCAAAUACAAAUGGCCAUGAUGGAAGAUGCCUACGGCAAUGCGCCACCAUUCCAUCCAGAUGCUGGCAUGAUGGUUGACUAUGAUGAUUUAAUGCCAGAUCCUGUACAAUUUGUAAACAUUAUGGGGCAGGUUCCACCGCCGCCACCACCUGCAGACAGUGACGAUAAGGAUAUGUUACCUCCCGGCAUAGACGAAGAAGAAUCGGAAGAGUUUAAGCCCGUAGUGGAGGUACCGCCACCACCACCUCCUGGCAAGGGUGAUCUACCUCAAGACCUAGAGGAGGCUUUGAACAUUAUAUUCCCUGGUGAGAAGAAGGCCGAUGAGGGAGACGAAGAAAAAUCUAAAGUAUCAAAGGGUGAAACCCAAAUUAUAAAUGACGAACCCAAGUUUCAACCCGAAGAAUUGGCCAAAGAUGGCAUACAUUUGGUCACCUUAGAAGAAACUUCACAGUUGGGCAUGGAUGAAGCUUCACAAAUGUCCAUGAAUGAACCUUUGAUUUUCAAUAGACCGGCUACAAACAAUGCCCAAAGUGUACCAACUCCAAAUAUAGUUGCUGCAAACAUGGAAAUUGAGGAUUCCGACUCAUAUAAUAACAUUAUUGAAAAUAAACAAGCAUCACCACAACUUUUAGCUUUGUCGGAGGUCAACGAAAUAGAAAUUGAAAUGCCUCCCAAUUUCGAAAAUGAAAUUUCGAUAAAUACCACAGAUCUUGCAAGUGAUAAAGAUUUGCACCAUAAUAUGACAAAUGACACACAACAAACUGGACAAAGUGAGAUCAUUGUAGAAGAAAAACACAUACCCAUACCAGAAACUGUACCUACACCGGAGAGUAUAUCCACCAUAGCAGAAAGUAAACAGCAUACAAUUGAAGCUGAUACAGAGCCCCUACCGAAAGAGGUGGCUAAUGACAUAGAAAUCACAACUGAAAUUGAUCUCGCCGAUAUACCACAACCACCACCCUCGCCCACAGAAAGCGAGAAGAAUCGACGUCAAGAAGAAUUGGAUGAUUUGGCAAUGCUUGGCAUUGAUGCCGAUGAUAUGGCUGCUCAAUGUAUAUGAAUGACUGAGAGGGAGUCACAAGAAGUUGGUAAUAAAAGGUAAAACUAGAAUUUAAUUCUCUUGCUGCAAAAUUUUGUGUUUAGAAUUUAAUUGUAUGGUAUGUAGAAGGGUUUAUGUGUGGCAGACCUACACCCCCUUCUUAUGGUGUAUAACAGACAAAAAAUUCUGCAUGCAUACCCCACAUUUCACAUAGGAUAAAACACCUGUACACGCAAAUUGAUUAAUGUAAAACAAACUCACAUUUCCAAAUAACAAAAAGAAACGUCAAUAAAAUCCAAAAUUCCUCUUUUAACGUUUUAAAGAAAA